GUUCUCCGUUAACUUACCCUUGUGGGUUGCAGAUUUCGGAAAAGGUCGUGAGCCAAUGAAUUGGGAUUUGAGGCUUGGUAUAGCACUAGAUGUUGCAAGGGGACUGGAAUAUCUACAUUGUGGGGCUUCUCCACCUGUUGUGCACCGUGACAUCAAAUCUUGCAACAUACUGUUGGAUCAGUUUAUGAAGGCCAAGGUCACUGACUUUGGGCUUUCCAGACCUGAGAUGAUCAUACCUCGCACAUCAAAUAUCCGUGGAACUUUCGGAUAUCUUGAUCCUGAGUAUUUGUCUACAAGAACCUUCACUAAGAAAAGUGAUGUUUAUAGCUUUGGUGUGCUACUGUUUGAGCUCAUAACUGGCAGGAAUCCGCAGCUUGGGCUCAUGGAAUAUGUAAAACUAGCAGCCAUGGAAGGUGGGGGUAAGGUUGGAUGGGAAGAAAUUGUGGACGGGCAAUUAAAUGGAAAAUAUGAUGUGGAUAAUCUUAACGACAUGGCUUCACUUGCAUUCAUAUGUGUUAGUGAAGUCUCCCAAAGCCGACCAACGAUGUGUGAAAUUGUUCAAGCAUUAUCUCAGCUUUGUAAGAGGAAUGGUAAAAAUCUUGGCCGAACAUCAUCUGCUGCUGCAUUAAAGGAUGUGUGUAUUGAAGUGGACCAGAUUGAAACUAAGGACUUUACAUCAACUGCGAGUACAGAUAUAUUGGGAAGAUUGCAUAGCCGAUGAUCUUUGUGAGUCAGCUACUGCUUUUGGAUGUGUAAAUACCUGCUUUCUAUUUUGUUUAAUCAGUUAACAAUCCAACCUUUUUACCAUACUGGAAUUUUGUAGAUAAUUGCAUAACCAAUGAAUCUUUGGUAAAUCUGCAAAUGCCUUUGAAGUUUGGAUGGUAAAUAUCUGCAUUAUAUUUUACCUAUCAGCGUAUUUUCAUAAUUUACCACUACAUUUUUCCACUUAUUGCCUGAAUUUUAUCAUAUGAAUUUCAAAAUUAUACAUCUUUUGCAUAUUCGUCAAUUAGAUGUCAAAUGACUAAAGAUGUGA